AUGGCCACUAAACUGCCUCUAGGGGUAGCCAACCGGGUCCGUACCGUCUUUGUGACCGGGGCAAACGGCUACAUAGGCACCGCCGUCUGUCGAGCGUUCGUCGGAGCGGGCUGGAAGACGUUUGGCCUUGUUCGCAAACCUGAAGCAGCGGAAGAACUAGAGGUCGCUGAAGUUAUACCCGUUGUGGGUGAUUUUACGGACCUCGGCUUUCUCGAUUCCGUUUAUGAAAAGGCCACGGUUUUCGAUUCCAUUAUAAGUUGUACCGAGAACCUCCCCGGAUAUGCGGAUCAUUUUCUCGAUGUCAUGGCGCUAGUCAAGGUCUUGGCUGGGAGAAGCAAGCAGCAUGGGGUUCGCUCUUUAGUCCUUUGGUCGUCUGGUUGCAAAGAUUAUGGAAGAACGGAUAUCCACGGAUCUCUCUCAUUGUUUCCACAUACAGAGACAUCUCCCACCAAUCCUCCAGAGUUCCUCCGUCAAAGAACCGAAAAUUGUACUCGUAUAUUCGACUAUAGCGAAAUUUUUGACGCCGUACUACUCCGGCCCACGAGCGUAUUUGGUCGCAGCGGCAGCUACUAUGGAGCCAUGUUUUCUUGGGUUGCGACUGAAGCAGUUGCCGAAAAUGACACCCUUAAAAUACCAGCGAAUCCCGACAACAUCAUGCAUGCGACUCACGUCGACGAUUGUGGCACAGCUUACCUAGCUAUUGCCGAGCACGCAAAUCGAAAUGCGGUGGACGGGAAGAUAUUCAACAUAUCCGGAUAUCGGUAUGAGACAGUGAGAGAGGUGGGGGAAGCCCUAGCGAAGGAGUACGGGUUUGGAGGAGGGGUAGAGUUCGUUCCUCCUGCUAAAGCACCGCCAUCGUUCCCCGAAGGACUUCACAUCGUUUUUAAUUUUAGCCAGUGGGUCAACAGCGAUAACAUCCGCCAGCUUACGGGUUGGGAAGAUCAUCGCCCACUGUUUUCUGAAAAUUUGGGUGUCUAUCGACGAGCUUUUGAAACAGCUCAGAGACGAGGGAAUGCUAACAUUAUGGCUAUUGAAGCUAGAAUAAGUAGUAAAUUUGGAAAGGGUGGGUUAGAUUGA